CGGGGCGGGGGAGACCUGACCAUUGGGCACUGAGCUUGGGUCAGGUGGAAAGGAACGGGUGAUUGGUUUACGAGCCGACAUCCUAUCUCCUGAUUGGACAGAAAGGUGUGAGAAAGAAGCGGCGGAGAGCGGAGAGAGCAGAAACCCAGCAGCAGUCUUCCCCAGACUCUGCCGGUUCAGCACACACCAACUGAGGACUGAGAUGUGACUGCCGAGCAGAGGACUACAGCGUGUUUCUGAGGGGAUUUGUUGUUUCUAGCAGCCGGAUAAUGGGAGAGGACAGGCGGGGAGCCACCGCGGCCACUCCGGCCACUUGGGCUGCGCUGCUCCUCUGUGUGAUUACUUCGGUGUGCACAGUGGAAGAGACAGUGAUGGAUACAAGGACAGCGACAGCUGAGCUUGGCUGGAUAUCGUUUCCUGCCAAUGGAUGGGAGGAGGUGAGCGGCUAUGAUGAGAACCUCAACACCAUCAGGACGUACCAGGUGUGCAACGUGUUCGAGCCCAGCCAGAAUAACUGGCUCCUCACCACCUACAUCGACCGGAGAGCAGCGCAACGCAUCUACGUGGAGAUCCGCUUCACUGUGCGCGAUUGUGCCUCCAUACCGAGUGUCCUGGGCUCCUGCAAAGAGACGUUCAACCUGUACUACCUGGAGACCGAUCGGACCAUGUCGGAAGGCAUCAAAGGGGUGGAGUACUGGGCAAAUGCUCCUUUUCUAAAGGUGGACACUAUUGCAGCAGAUGAAAGCUUUUCCCAGGUAGAUUUUGGCGGCCGGCUAAUGAAGGUGAACACAGAAGUUAGAAGUUUUGGGCCACUGUCCAAAGGCAGGGGCUUCCACUUGGCCUUCCAAGAUCUGGGUGCUUGCAUGUCCCUUCUGGCUGUCAGAGUGUUCUACAAGAAGUGCCCCAGUGUUGUGCGGAACUUUGCGUUCUUCCCAGAGACACUGACGGGAGCAGAGUCCACCUCAUUAGUCAUCGCCAGAGGAAGCUGCAUCCCAAAUGCUGAGGAAGUCGAUGUGCCCAUAAAGCUCUACUGUAACGGAGAUGGAGAGUGGAUGGUGCCGAUCGGCAGCUGCAGCUGCAAGGCGGGUUAUGAGCCAGACAAUGGCAAUGUGUGCCGAGCUUGCCCUCAGGGCACCUUUAAGUCGUCUCAGGGGGCAGGAUUAUGUCAGCAAUGUCCGCUCUACAGUCUCUCCACCAUCGAAGCUGCCACCCUCUGUGGUUGUCGGAAUGGCUAUUACCGUGGAGACAUGGACAGACCAGAGGACAUGUGCACCAGUGUUCCUUCAGCUCCUCGCAAUGUGGUCUCAGUUGUCAACCAAACGUCAGUGCUGCUGGAAUGGCACCCACCACGUGAGACGGGCCACCGUGACGACUUGUCAUACAACGUCUUGUGCCGCCGAUGCCACAGCAGUGAGCGGCGAGCGUGCCAGCCAUGCGAUGACAGUGUGGUGUUUGUUCCCGGCAAGCGGGCGUUAAAGGACACGAGCGUCGAGAUCAGCAAGCUGCGGGCCCACACUUCCUACACCUUCGAGAUACAGGCAGUCAACGGAGUCACCAACAAGAGUCCCUACCCCGCCCAGCAACUGUCCAUCAACAUUACAACCAAUCAGGCUGCUCCCUCAGUAGUUCCCAUAAUGCACCAAGUGAGCUCAACGAGCCGUAGUUUCUCGUUGUCAUGGCCACCGCCCGAACAGCCCAACGGAAUUAUCCUCGACUAUGAGAUACGAUACUAUGACAAGGCCCAGUCAUCAGUGCUGAACAGUUCAGUGAUCCAAAGCGAGACACCUAAUGUGGUUCUGGAAGGUCUGAGGCCAGGGACGGGCUAUGUGGUCCAGGUGAGGGCCCGCACUGUGGCCGGCUAUGGAGCCUACAGCAAGGAGAUGCUCUUCCACACCCUCACUGACGAUGAGUAUAAGUCAGAGCUUGGACAGCAGCUCUCCCUGAUCGCAGGAUCUUUAGUCGGUGGAGUGUGUAUCGUCUCAUUGGUGGCUAUCGCCAUCAUCUGUACCAGAAGGAGGCAGCUGAAGGAGAGUGUGUAUGGUGACAAGCUGCAGCAGUACAACACAGGAGGAGAGGUGACUCUGAGGCCAGACAUGUUCAGUGGUCCCACCCCCACAGUGACCUUUCCCACCCUGUCUGAGGGUCACAGUUCACCAGGGGUCAAGAUCUACAUCGACCCUUUCACCUACGAGGACCCCAAUGAGGCCGUUCGCGAGUUUGCCAAAGAAAUCGACCCCUCCUGUGUCAAAAUAGAGGAAGUCAUCGGAUCAGGUGAGUUUGGAGAAGUGUACAAAGGUCGCCUGAAACCUGUGGGGAAAAAGGAGAUCCCUGUGGCAAUCAAGACCUUGAAGGUGGGCUACUCUGAGCGGCAGAGGAGGGACUUCCUGUCCGAGGCAUCAAUCAUGGGCCAGUUUGACCAACCGAACAUCAUCAGACUGGAGGGCGUGGUCACCAAGAGCAGGCCGACAAUGAUCAUCACAGAGUUCAUGGAAAACGGAGCACUCGACUCAUUUCUGAGGCAAAAUGAUGGACAGUUCCCAGUGAUCCAGCUGGUUGGUAUGCUGAGGGGCAUUGCAUCUGGAAUGAGGUACCUGGCGGAGAUGAGUUAUGUUCACCGGGACCUGGCAGCUCGAAACAUCUUGGUUAACAGUAACUUGGUGUGUAAGGUGUCUGACUUUGGCUUAUCCCGGUAUCUGGAGGAGGACACCUCUGAUCCCACCUACACCAGCUCACUGGGAGGUAAAAUCCCAGUGCGGUGGACGGCACCGGAGGCGAUCGCCUACAGGAAAUUCACGUCAGCUUCAGAUGUCUGGAGUUAUGGGAUCGUCACCUGGGAGGUGAUGUCAUACGGAGAGAGACCUUACUGGGACAUGAGCAACCAAGAUGUGAUAAAUGCCAUAGAGCAGGAUUUCAGGCUGCCAGCUCCCAUGGACUGUCCAGUCGUGCUGCACCAACUGAUGCUGGACUGCUGGCAGAAAGACAGGAACGCACGGCCAAAGUUCCCUGAUAUUGUCAGCAUGUUGGAUAAAAUGAUACGCAACCCUGCAUCUCUCAAAGCCGGCACCAACAAUCUGCCCCCUGGCCCUCCCCACCACCCCUUGUUAGACCGUGGCGCUCCAGACCUGAGCAGGGUGAGUUCGGUGGAGGACUGGCUGGCUGCACUCAAGAUGACCCAGUAUAGAGACUCCUUCCUGGGCUCAGGCUUCACCUCUUUGCCGCUCGUCACACAAAUCACAGCCGAAGAUCUGCAGAGGAUCGGAGUGUCUCUUGCUGGACACCAGAAGAAAAUCCUGACCAGCGUGCAGUCAAUGAGGCACCAGGCCGACGACCAGUCUCCUACUGAAUCUGUGUAGCUGCACAGGGGAGUGAUACCGUACGAAACGUUUGACCGGUGUGCAGUCUGUGGACUAACAGGCUUUCAUCUUAAACUUCUCUUUUACUCUCAUACACUUAAGGUUGCUGCUUUUGGAAAUCUCUACUACUUUACAUGUUUUUAAACAAUCAUUGUGGCCAUUUGUGUGUCUGCAUGGCCAGAUUCUGGACACUGGACAGACUUUUCUCAUGCCAUUUAUCUUCCAAAAUUGAAAUGUCUCCCAGAAGAAACUCCAUGUACAGGUGUGAAGUGUCGCACAGAGUGAAAAAAAAAAAAAAAAAGCGACACUGGGGAAAAAUACAAACUAGUGUCUGACCUUAAGGAGCUACAAUCACCAGUCCCCAUGUCCCACUCACCAAAAUCUGACAACGUCCGUCACUGACGUCUACAAAUCAUUUCUACCUAGCCGGCUGACUGAAGAAAGACGUGGUGUGUUUUUUUGUGUAAAGCUUAAUCACACAAACGCACUCCUGUGAAGAGGAAACAGGCUGAGCAGACAUUUAUGUGAAAACUGGACCAAAACCCUGACUAAAGGUCUUUAAAACUGUGUUCCUGGAAACCAGACCUGCAGGCCUUCUUAUCUGCAGCAUGUUGGGCUGAGAAAGCUUCAGGGUGUCAAGGAAAAUUGCCACCAUUUGAAUCCAGACAGAAGCCAACCAUUUUAAAUGAGACCUUUCUGAAUCUAUCUUCAUAUUGAAGAGUCUGUACAUAUUAAGACAUGGGAUGUUUAUUUCCUCUUUGCUCACUUGCUUUCACUUUUGCCAACAGUCGAUGUCACUGGAGUAUUUGUGACUUCUCAAUGAUUAUCUCCCUCAACUGACUCAUCACUGCAACAAACUUGGAAGUGCUGCGGACUGCAGACAAAAAAAAAAAAAAAAGGUUUCACUGUUCUAUUUUUUUGUACUUUCCAUGCAGCCAUGAAAAGAUAAACUCUUCCUCACAGACAGCUAGCAAGGCCUGGCCUACUUAAAGUACUUAAUUCAGAGAGAACUCUUAAUGGAUGAUGUUUUACAAUCAGCACAAAUGCCCUCUGAGUAAAGGCAAUUACAGAUCAGAAAAUAACAAGAGAAAGAGAUAAAGAAUUAUUAAACCAUAGCAGUGUCUCUUCCAAGCGAGGAAGCAAAUCAACUGCAUGCUUUGAGGUAUAGAAGAAGAAAUGGGCUGAAGAGACUGCAGGUACUGAGUCACUACCAGCUAUUGAGAUGCACCUGUUGUGAUGCAGCGCAGUGCCCAGAUAAUCUCUAAAGACAGAAAAGGUGUUGUCGUCCAAUGUUCUUGUGAUUUGGCUGCAAAUCCGAAAGCUGACUGCCAGUCAGGCAUUAUUACAAUGCAUGAAGCAAGCAGAAAUCCAACGCUCAUGUUCUGUCCACGCAUGGAACAAAUCUCAUUUCUGUCUAAACUGUAUGGCUGCCGUCCAGAUGGCAAUCAUCACUCUGCUGCAGCAGCAGCGAGGCAGGGCCCUUUGUAUUCAUUCAGUUUUUAAUUCAUUGGCUGCCGGACAUGUCAUUGUUGUCAGAGUCUGUUUUGACAGUCUCAUUUCCCGAUUGACAUCUCUGAUUAAUAUUGUUGUGUCAGCUUGCAGAUGAAAUGACAUAAAGUGACCUAUCCGUGUAGUCAUCUGUGGGCAGCAACCUUUUGCGUAACACACAUUUACAGGAUUGAUUUCUGACACGUCCAACAAGAAAAGAUAAAUGCAUUAGGGUCAAGAAGGAAAUUGGCAGCUUAUUUGUCAUGUUUUAGUGCUUAAUGGGAUGUUUGACUCACAAAAUAUGAAAUCUAGAAGGCCAGAUCUCUCUCACACUGGUGGUGAGGCACUGGGAGAUCUCUUUUAUCUCAGAGCUGAGCCGAUUACCAGCUGUGGAACAACAGCGGCCUGCUCUGCCUUCAGCCCAGGCCUCUGGUCACGCGUGUGCAACCCCAUCCCAAGGAUUACCAGUCAGUAGCUCUGAUUGGAUGUUAUGAUUUUAUUUGUCAUCCGCUGAGAGCCCAGCUCACAUUGACAGAAGUGACAGUGUUUAGUUGUUUGAUUUCAACACAUUUCACUGCUGCACGUCUGUGACGCGUCCCACAAAACGCUGUUUGUGUUUUGCCUGGCACCACUGCUCACCACUGCUGGGACGCCCCACAGUCUUUUAUUUAUGAACAUUGUGACAUUGCGGCUGUUUUAAACCUCCAAACAUUUCAGUUUCUACUUUUUCCGCCGAAACUCUGCUCCGACGGCGCGACCGCAAUUGCAUUUGUUGCCUGGCAACAGCAGCUUAUUGAACAUUUUAUCAGGAAGUAUUGAGAUCAACUGGGAGCGUGUCAGUGGUUCACAGGCAUAAUUCGUUGUAAAUAGAUGCCUCUGGAAAAACAGUUUCAGCGCUGGCCCGGGGGUUUAAUAAAGAGUGAGACGACUAGUGUGCCUAAAAGCUCAUAUUGAAUGCCACCUAAAAAAUGUCAUGAAGAAGAAAUGAAAGCUAUCAACACAGACAGGCAUCUGAAUGCGUUAUGUAACAUCUGUGGCUAAGUGUGACGUGUCUAUUCUUUCCUUCCUUUUUUUGUCUUCUAUUUAACAAAGUUAGAUGUGAGCUUUCAAAGACAUAUCACAUGUUACUGUGUCGGUGUUUGUGGAAAAAAAACAAUGAAGGCAUCAUUGAUCUGCGACACUUCUUGUGUUUAUAUUGUGACGUGUUCUGGUUUGAGCACAGUCACCACAUGGAGGGGAUCUCAGGAACACGAGGGAUGUGAGGUUUGUCCACAUCGCUGCAUAAAAUGGGAUAUUUUAUUGGUAAAUCCUGCAUUAUAUAAAGAUUAAUCCAAGACGAAGUGCUUUAAGAGUUCAUAGAGAGAGCUGGUUUUGAUGUUAGUUUUCUGAAGUACCUAUUAAAAGUUAAAUCCACCCUUAAGCUGUUCCCUAAAAAGAGGAGAGAUGUGUGUUUGUGUGUAAACAACGCUGAAGUCAGAAUUAAAACACUGUGAUUAAAUCUGCGCUGAAUAUCUGGGCAAAUAUUCUAGUUCAGGGCUAAACUACAUUUUUAAUCCUUUUUAUUGAUGGAGGGGAGUUUUAACGCCGAGCUUUAUAAAUGUUCCGCAUUUUUCCCUUUUUACUUUUUUUUUCUUUUUUUUGAUGAAAGGACUCCGGUUGAAAAGAAUCACCGAGCCUCCAAUAAAAAUUCAUCCUUGACUUUCUUUAGGGGCUUUUAGAUUUUACUAUUUUGUGCACAGCAGUGUGGAAACAAAACCUCUAAAAUAUGAUGGUGAAAUAAGUGGAAAAAUCUCCCACUCACUGUCAACUUUGUAUUAGUAGAAUUUUGAGAGAUAAAAUGCUUCCCUGAGACAGUAGCUGUGUCCCAGUUCCAAACUGCUGCUGGUGAGUUAACACUGGAAAAGUGACAAAAGAUAAUUUUCUGUGAAAGUCAGCAUGUGUGCACAAAGGAAAUGAAGAGACAGCUGUAUAUUCUUCUAACCAAUCAUGGGUGGUGGUGAAGUACUUUUGAGAACGCUGCAGAAAAAAAAUAGAACUAUGAUGGACUCUGUUUUGACGUGAAGUUUAAUUAAUACUGAGAUUUGAAAGUCCUGGUUUAUUUGGGAUGAAUGAGUACAUUUCUGUCAGUACGAAACAGUUAAAGGUGCCCUGUGGAUAAAUUUCCUUCCUCUUGAAACAUUUGUACAACCAUUUUUAACAUUUUAAAAGCAGCUUCAUGUACAUGCAUGUUUCAUAGCAGCGCUUUUCAUCAGUGUAGUGCUGGCAAAAAAUGAAUGAACAAAUCUUUGACUUGCACCAAGUCUGCACUGCUCCUCUCUGCCUCGUCACAUACAGACACUUCUCCCACUCAGCGUCUAUAUGUUACCAAUCUCACUGGCAGCUAUAGUGCAUGAAUGGAAAUGUGCAAAUUUCAUUUGAGUGCUUUGGGACAAAAGUUUAGCUUGUUUACAGCAGUGAAGAUGGUGACGUGUUUUCCUCUCUGUGUAUGCUGUAGAUGUAUGUGUGACUUGGCUGUUCAGUAGUACAAAUCUGUGGCAAGUCAUUUUAUCAUUGAAUAGCUGAGUUUAUCUGUCCAAAAUUUAAAUUGCAGAUAUCAAAAACAGGGCUGCACAGUGGAUCGCUGGUUAGUACUGUUGCCUUGCAGCUAAAAGAUCCCCAGUUCGCAUUCUGGCUUGGGAUCUUUCUGCAUGGAGUUUGCAUGCAUGGGUUUUUUUCUAAGAUGCUCCGACUUCCUCCCACAGUCCUGUGACAUGCUGAGGUUAACUGGUGAUUCUAAAUUGUCCGUAGGUGUGAAUGCAAGUGUGAUUGUUUGUCUCUAUAUGUAGUCCUGUGAUAGGCUGGUGACUUCACCCUAAGUCAGCUGGAAUAGACUCCAGCCCCAAUGACCCUAAUGAGGAGUGAGCGAUGUAUAGAUGAUGGAUGGAUGGAUGGAUGGAUAUCAAAAGCAGUCAUUUUGACUAACUGUAGUCACAGUGACUACUCAGUUAUAUUUGAAAUAUCAGUAAUGCCUUUCUGAUUAGUCAAAAAGACAGUUGCAGAAAUCUGAAACCUCAUUAAAGUUAGUUGAGAUUUACUAGACUUUUGGCUUCAGACUGCUCUUACAUGUUUGAUAAAACUGCUUGCUAUAUGUUGUUUUGUUGCAGUGCCACAGUAUGUUUGAAAAACAAGCUACCUCUGACGAGAUUAGAGAUAACUGCAAUGUCAUCUCUAUCGGUGAAAGCUCUAAAUGUUUGUAGUUACAUUGUGAGUAAUCAGAGUUUAGUUUGAGAUUUGAAUUAAUUAAGAUCUAAUUUAACAUCCCUUCAGAGGGCAAUGCAGAUAUAUCAAAUUGGAAACAGGACUAGUUAGAAUUAAGCUGUAGAUAUCUGAAACUGGACAUACAACUAAUCAUAAUAUAUCUAUCGUUUGUUCUGUUUAGAAUGAUGAUGUUAUCUGAAAUGUUCUUUUGAUUGUGAGGAACAGACACAGAUAUCAGUAAUGCAUGUCCAGUUUAACUAUUGUAUGGAAAAAUUACUUGGCCGCAGAAUCAGUUUACAGUUUGACCAUGUAUGGCCCCGAUAUUAAAACUUUACAUUGUGCAGCACAGAGUAGCUUCACAGUGAGCUGGUGUGCUGAGCUACAGCGACUGGGGAGGGAUGUUUGGAAACAGAGUGGGAGACUUCAGAGUUACUGGGGAUUAUGUUCAUAGAAAACCAACUUCUAAUUAUGUUACUUUGAUACAGGGACAUGAGUUUUUAAGGGGUUCGAUCAAUGACCAGAGAGUGAUUUUUAAUGCCGACAGUAGUGUAAUAAUUGCUUUGCAUAUUGACUUGCUCCAGUACACAAAUGCAAUGUAACACUUAAACUUUCUGUUGUAUUUGUUGUGUUUUUUUGUAUCUUACUGCCAGCUGGAAUAAUAUUAAACCACUGGCAUGAAUGUAAAUCCCAUCACCCACAUGCAUUUGCGUUUCUGCGUGCAAAAAAGCACAAAGCUUCUCGCGAAAAUAUAAAUUGAUCGAGCUAGCGAGGUAAAAAAACAAAACAAAAAGAAAACCAGAAGGAAAAAAACUCCACAGGGCCCCUUUUAUGUGUUGAUCCUUUUUGCAUACCAAGCAGAAAAAUGUGGAUUUGGAACACAGCUAUUGUUGUGUGGUGAAGGUAAAGAGAAGAGCCACCCUUGAACAUCCUUCAGGUUUUCUCCUGUUUGUGAAACUUGUGAUUAUUUAGGACAUUAUUGGGAUGUUGCAUGGUACUUUGUGUUGCGUGUGAACUCGCUGCUCUGUAUGUACAAACAGCAUCCGACCGGUUUGUGAACAUGAGUGUGUAUCUGUGGCCGCAGCCCGUCUCGUGUGUAAAAACUCAAUAUUUUAUGCAGCUGCAGCGCCUUCUGUUCUGCCGGGAUUAUUGUCAAUGGAGACGAUGAUGAUGACUCCCAGUUCAUUUCUGAAUGGCAGUACAAAUGGCAGCUGCAGACAAAAGCCCUCGCUCUGUGAUUCGGAGGAACUGACACCAAAACCUAACAUUUACUGCAGAUGUUUCAGACUCUGCUCUUACUGUGCUGGAAAUAUAUCAACAGGGUGUCACGUUUUAUUUGGCCAGUAAGGCAGAGAAAUGGGAAAAAAAACAGACUUCUAAAUAACAAAACAGGCAUUGCAAGGUGAGUCUCCUCUAAGUGCUUCAGGGUGGAUUUAUCUUUUAAUUGCAGUUAUUUUCUGGAAAGCUCGGUCAGACUCGGCUGCUUUUCUCGUCUGCUCCUGCUCCGGUGUAAUAGAUACUGUAGGUGAGGAUGAGAGCAGGCGAGUUAUGAAGAAAGAGGGAAAAAAAGUGAAAGGGUAGAGGUAAUACAAGGGGCAAGAAGAGAAGAGGAGGCUAACAGGAGAAGAGAGAAGCGGGAGGGGUGGAGGAGCUGGGAAGCAAAGCUCGACUCUUGUUUGAAUAAAAAUGAGGCUGGGUGUGGAGAGAUUACGCUUUCUCUUUUUGUCUCUCUCUCUCUGCUCUACCCAGCUGCCCUCCUUCUUCUUCUAAUGCCCACAACCUCUGUGAACAGCUCACUCUGCUUCCAGUCCACAUUUCCACUGUCUCCUUUGACUAACGGUUUUAAGGCAAGCAGUCGUUCUAUUUUAGAUGCUCUCCUCCUGCAGACAUUUUGAACUCGCAUCUCCUAAGGAUAUAUUGGCACAUAUCUUUUACACAAAAGCCCCUGCAGGAUUUUGUUGAGUAUUUAUGCCAAAACUGUGAAAGUAAUGUUCUUUUCUACCUGCUUCGCUCCAUGUGCGGAGUCGUAUCAGAGUUUCAUCAAGCUAACCUGAACUGACACAGUCUGCCUGCAUACAGUGUACAUGCAGGAAAGGGUCUUUUUUAGUUUUUUUUGGUCAGUCGGCCGCUGAAUUUCUCGACUCCUGAUAACUUGCUUGCUUUGACAUUUUGUACAGAGAUUUAUGGUCCCAAGAGCAUCAAGCCUGCUGACUUUAGUGGUCCCCAGACUUGUCUUCAAACCCUACCAUGAUGCUGAUAUCUCCAUUUUUUUUUUAAUAGGAACUCAUCUACAGUUAUUGCAUGAUUGCCAUAAAAUCUGGCUCACGCUUCCUUCACGAUGAACUGAAAUGACUCCGGUGAUCCCUUUUCAGUUUCAUCACUUCGCCCUGUGAUUGAAAUUGUAAUUUUGACAAACAUUUUCAUGACCAAAAUCCUGCCAAACUACUGUCGGCACAUCAGCCUCAGUUGUCAGAUUAAAUGUCAGCAUGCUAAUUCAGUAAACGAACAGUGAAGAUGGUAAACAUUGUACCUGAUCAGCGUGUUAGCAUCAUUACUGUGAGCAAUAUUUGCAUGCUGACAUUAGCAUUUAGCUCAAAACACAGCUGGGAUUGAGAACAGCCUCACAAAGUCACAAGUCUGACUGUAGACUCUGAAUCAUACUUCCAUCUCUGAAGGCCUUGAUAUCUGCAAAGAACAAAACAAGUAUCGUUAUCAAGAUCCCAAAACUGCGAACACAAAAAUCUUCUGGCCAAAUGUAGAAAUAUUUGCUUGGAGCUUUGUGGUUUCAUUUUAAGGGAAAGUGUUUCAUCAAACUAACCUAAACUGAAAAAGUCUGACUGUACACACUCUGAAGAAAAUUUGACUUCUUUUUUUAAUACAUGUUAAUUUAUUUUUAUUCUAAUUGCUUGCCAUACUUUUUAGUAUGUAUGUAUAAUGUACGGUUUCUCUUGAAAAAAGAAAAACAGCUCAAUAAUCGGCUGUAGUCUGCCUUUCUCUGUUUACCUACAAUACUGUUAUAGGUGUUGCUGCUCAUAUAGUCAGAGCAUCCCACUGUAAUGUAUUAUAAUACUGUAAUAUAGUGAGUAUGCGCACGCUUGUGCAUCUUUGUGUGUUUGUGCGCGUGUGUGGGUGUGAUAUAACGUGUGUGCGGUGUUCAGUGUACAGUAAAAUGUUUGUACAUCGUGCGUGGGUUUGUAGCUGUAAACUUUCUGAAUCUUACAUUUACAAUGCACUGUUUGUCAAUAAAGAAGACAAAUCAAACCGA